CCAAGUCCUCCCACUAGGCUGUCUGGAGUACUGUCUUAGUGUCACAAGACUUCCUCAAUUCUGAGAGAAGGCACUGACUGCUGCACUCACAACUGAGGGAGAGCAGAACUCAGGACCUUCUCCUAGCCAGCGUUAGAGCCUGUCACCAGGAAAAGCCAGCCUGAGCAGAGGAGCUGCAACCAACCAGAGGGAGCAUAAUUCUGAGAGCAUUUGCUGUCUGAGCAUCUGUGUUCUGCCAGGCACCAUACCGUUAAUCAUGGGAAGAUGGAAGAUGCUAAGAGAUGAAGAAAAUGCCUACGGUUUAGAAGAUGACACGGCGGCGGGGCAGGAGCCCAGGCUGCUGCUCCUCCUGGCUGGGAAGACGGGGGCAGGGAAGAGCGCCACGGGAAACUGCAUCCUGGGCCAGAAGCACUUCGUCUCCAGGCUCGGGCCCACGGCGGUGACCAGAACCUGCAUGGUGGGGAGCUGCAGGUGGGCCACGUGGGACAUAGAGAUCAUUGACACCCCAGACCUUUUCAGCUCCGAAGUCUCCCAGACAGACCCCGGGUGCAGGGAGAGAGGCCGCUGCUACCUGCUCUCGGCCCCCGGGCCGCAUGUCCUGCUGCUGGUGACCCAGCUGGGCCGCUUCACCGCCCAGGACCAGCAGGCCUGGAGUGGGGUGAAGGCGCUGUUCGGAGACGGCAUCGUGGCGCGCACCAUCGUGGUCUUCACCCACAAGGAGGACCUGGCGGGGGACUCGCUGCAAGAUUAUGUGCGUGACAUGGAGAACCGCGCGCUCAGGAAGCUGGUGGCCGAGUGUGGGGGCCGAUUCUGUGCCUUCGACAACCGAGCCACCGGCGCGGAGCGGGAGGCGCAGGUGAUGGAGCUGAUGCGGCUGGUGGAGGGCCUGGUGAGGGACCACGGCAGCGCCCCCUACACCAAUGAUGUGUACAGCCUGGCGCAGGCCCUGGGGGGCGCUUGCUCUGAGGAGAGGCUCCGCAAGGUGGCGGAGACAGUGGCUGCCCGCGCGCAGAAGCAGCAGAAACUCUGGCUGUUGGCCUGGCUGUGGGAGUGGCCACAGAUGCUGGGGACCCAGUGUAUCAGGAGCGUGGCCGGUCUGUGUGAUGCCACGGUCCAGUUAGUCAAGCACUUGUGCAAACGCUGGCCGCAGGCCUCGACAGUGUGAACUUGAAUCUUGCAGGUAAUUUGGCAAGACAGAAACUGCUUAGAGCUCAGAGGAACUUCAGAGGAAUCUGAGUUCUCAAGUACUGUGGUGAACACUUUUAAAAUAAAGUGGUAGAGUGCAUGCCUAGCAGGUGUAAGGUCCUGGGUUCAAUCCCCAGUACCUCCAUUAAGAAAAUAAAGAAACGAACAACCUCCCUGUGAGGCAGGACGGAAGGGGGCAGGGCACAGCCAUUCAAGGAGCGGUGAACACCUAAGUGGUGGAAGAUUCAACCCCCAUUUGGCCUUGAAGCUCAAGAUGGUGGGAGAUUUGACUUCUAGUAGACCUGGAGUUUCAUUAUUGACUCAUUGUAAUGAUUUAUCCUGAUCAGUGAUGCCCACAGGCACCAUGACGGUUUCAACCACAAAAGGUCAAAGAGUGGGUGGUGGCCCAGUUCCUGGGUAGUUGGAAUGGUCCUCCCACUUACUGGCAUGUGAAGAUACUCAGGCCGUAAAAACUGGCAACACUGUACCUUGUGGCCACCUCUCCCAUGUGGCCACCUCUCUCUCCCUCAUCUUCAGGACUGUGGGCAGUCUAUGGUGUACAUAUCUACUUUUACUUUAACCUGAGCACCCAACCCUUACACCUCAUGGUCUUUGUCUCCUGAAACAGCCUACACUCUAUUCAGUAUGUAUCUCUCUAAAUAAAUUGAUUUACUGAACUGUG